AUGGACGACACUCUCCAAGCAGUCCUCGCCGCCGCUGGCACCUUCUUCUUCAUAACGCUGAUCUUUGCUUUCAUCGUCGUCGUCUGCAAAUCUACCAAAAACCACGACCACCAACGACGACGCCGCCGCCACCACCAUCAGACCAGAACCGUACCAAACCCGGAGCUCUCUUCCAUAACAAUCGACGAAAGCGCCUCUUUUGACCCGACUAUGAACCAGAUCUCCAUGGAAGAGCUCAAAGUCUCCACCAAGAACUUCUCCACCGAUUUAAUCAUCGGCGAUGGCAGUUUCGGCUUGGUUUAUAAAGCUAAACUCUACAACGGCGCUACGGUCGCUAUUAAAAAGCUUGACCCGGACGCUUUUCAAGGCUUUCGUGAGUUUCGAGCCGAGAUGGAGACUUUAGGCAAGUUACGGCAUGAAAAUAUUGUUAAAAUUCUCGGGUAUUGUGUUUCGGGUUUGGACCGGGUUUUAAUUCUUGAGCUCGUUGAAAGAGGAAGUCUUGACCAGUGGAUUCACGACACGUCAUCAACUAAUAACGAACAGUUUGCUAAGUUUCCGUUACCCUGGGAGACGAGGAUUAGGGUCGUUAGAGGUGUGGCCAAUGGACUUGCUUAUUUGCAUGGACUUGAUACUCCCAUUAUUCAUAGGGAUAUUAAGGCUAGUAAUGUCUUAUUGGAUUCUAACUUUGGGGCCCAUAUCGCUGAUUUUGGGCUAGCCCGCAGAAUCGAUGCUUCGCAUUCACAUGUAUCGACGCAGGUCGCCGGGACUAUGGGGUACAUGCCGCCGGAGUACAAGGAAGGUGUCACCGGGGCAACAAUAAAGGCUGAUGUUUACAGUUUUGGGAUCUUGAUGUUUGAGAUUGCGACCGCAGAAAGGCCAAAUUUGCCCAAGGUGAUGGAGGAGAAGGAGGUGGGAUUGAUUGAAUGGGUUCGGAAAAUGCUGGGGCAAAAUCGUCAUACGGAAAUGUUAGAUUGUAAUAUACCGAAGGAGGGGUUGAGUGAAGACGAAGUCAAAGAGUAUUUUAGAAUUGCUUCUUUGUGUACAGACGAGUUUAUGAGAGAUAGGCCAGCCAUGAGUGAAGUCGUGGAUUUGUUGGAAAAACUCUCAACGUGA